AAAAUUUUGACCCUGCAGAACUGGACAACCUGGCAGAGACGUUGAAAACCGUAGCCGGCUGCCGAAGACUGAAGGAAAUGUACUCAGGCAUUAGAGUUUUCGCUUCGGUCAUACCGUACAUGGCGACCAAUCAGAACACAGCAUUUCAAAAAAUGUUGAUCGGCGGCAAAGACUGCUAUGGUCCCCUCACCAACCUCCUCCUCUCUCUAGCCUCCCUGCCCACUGUUCUUUGGCUUUUCUCUUUCCAUAUGCAUCCUGCCCUCCUCAUAGACGAAAUUCUUGAGAACAUACUGAAUCAUGUUCUCGAUUGGGACUCCGAGAAAGAAUAUCGGUGGACCCUGGCACAGCUUGCCAGGUGUUGCAAGUCAUGGAAGGACCCUGCUCUAGACAGAAUUUGGAAGAGGUUGGCGGACAUGAAGCCCAUUGUGGGCCUUGAGUCGCAGGAAUUGUCCAGCUACACAUCCAGAGUGAAACAAAUCACUCUGCGUGGAGACACGGGUUAUUCACCUUCAGAACAUGUUUUGGCUUUCCCAAGGCUUCAAUAUGCACUCCUGGAAGGAGCGGGAUGUAACGCCCCGAUAAAUUGGGCACUCUCACACUCUCUUCACCGACUCAAGGUGGAUAUGCGCUGCACCAACUCAAAAGUUGACGUUCAGUAUGAACGGUGCGAACAUGUCACGAAGAUCGUUCAGCACAUCCAAAAUGCGUCAAAUGAGGGGCUACAGAAGCUUCACCUCAGAGGCUGUAUCACUUCGUCUUUGAACCGUGUCAUCGGCGUCUUGACAUCUUUAAGGUCCCUCACGCUCUUGACCGGGAGCACUCUCACACCGCGAUUAUUGACUGAGAUCACUACCUUCCCUUUCCUCCAAGAAUUACGACUUCACGCCGCUCACAUUGAUGCGGACUGGUUCCGUACUACCAAGACUCCCUCGGAAUCACCGACAUUCCCUUCACUUCGACGACUUCACAUUAGGGGCCAACAAUCCCUCAUACACGCUAUUGUAGAACUCCUCCAACUUGACACGUUAGAGCACCUAUACCUAGAAGCAGACCGUCCAGCACUAGACAUAACCGCAUGGACGCCCAUAAUGGAUACCCUCGCAGUCAAGGCUUCUCGGAGCCUUCGUCAGCUCACCAUAGAGCAUUGCACGGAACUCGAUACCCCUACAAACAACAUCCACCUAAUGGGUUUAUCAUCCUUCACCUUGCAACACAUCAAGUCGCUCUCGAACUGCGCGGCUAUGCGCAAAUUCACUUUAGAUACGACUUUACCCAUCAAGUUCACGGAUAGAGAUAUAGAAGAUAUGUCUUCAUGGUGGCCUUUCCUUGAAUGCCUCGAUCUGGGUGCCUUACCCGGGCCUCACGAAGAUCCUGCCUGCUCUCCGACAUUGACUGUCAAGGCUUUAUCACAUUUGGCAGGUCAUUGCCCAGAGUUGAAGGACCUUAUUAUACCACUUGAUCUCUCUGCAUCCUCCGAAGAUGAUCCGAGCGAGGUUGUUCCUCAGCAAAAAUUGAAGACUUUGCGAAUCGGACGUGUUGCUGACUCGAAGUCCAUCUCGAGCUUCGUGCAGACUGUCUUGAUGAUGUUUCCCUCCGUAGAGGCUAUAGAGUGUGAGACCUCCGACGGAGAAGUACCUGUCGCUCUGCCUGGCCGCCAGGAACCUGAUACUGGAGCAGGCACGGAGGAUGAAUUGGCGAACGGGCAAUGAGCGAGGUUGCUACUCAUUCGUCCCGUUCGCGAUUAUCAGUCCAGUUAGUAUGUCGUGGACUGCUGUAUAGAGAGAAUCUGUUACCUUUAGAUAUUUAUAGAAUUACAGUACACGUCGUUUGUCUGUUUUAUCUGUUCAUGCGUAGACUCAUGGACUCUUAGAUGUGUAGAUACUAGACAUGAUUGGAUCGUAAAUUAUUCAAUGGCGAAUCAGAGCCUUCGUUACUAAUGGGUUAAUCACUCCAGAGCUUCGACUGAAAAUCUACUCUCGACGUCUGACUAUGUACAAAUAGUAAUGGAACGCUUCGCCCAGCUGCC